UUUGCCAGAAACACGGAAUUGGGUGUUCCGCUGUUCUCUCGUCUCCCAAGGGCGAAGACAGAUCCGCUAUUGCGGUCAUCCGUUUUUCGACGGCAACUAGGCAGUUCCAUUUUCGUUGGCGGGGUCCGAAGCAAGCUUUGCUCAAGAGUUGGUUCCAGGUCGCGAUGUUCUUUUCGGAAAAUUGCCGGACUGUUUGCCUCCAGUCUGCCUCAAGUUUCACCACAUCCUCGUGAUGUGUGCUGAGUCGGUUUUUGUUCGAAUAGCCCCGACGCUGGGGUUGAGCCUCGUUUCCUUUACUUACGUCACAUGUGGGUGUUGGAGAGAAAACACACCGCGAUUAUUUCUCAGGGCAGGACUAACAGAAAGGAGCGAGCAUCAGCGAAUGGGAUGCACGAUCAGGACAGCGAACUCAGCUUGUAUAAGGUCGUUCUCGGAGCGGCGGCUUUGCUAUCGGCGGCGCUGUUCACACACCUCCGAAAAAUGCGGGACGCCAAGUACCUCACUCAGCAAGAACUUUCCCAAGCUGUAGCUCGUCCUGUUUAUACCUGGAAUCCAUAUCCCGAGCUGGCGCCUCGUCCUUAUCGCGAUCUCCGUAAUUAUUCUCUUGCCGCUCGCCAGUCUCCUGUUCCGGCUACCGACUGUGCGGCUUGUGCCUCUCCUGAGCAUGCGCCGUCUGCCUCUCCGGAGCCUGCUCCUCCUGCCUCUCCAGAGCCUACCCGAGUUGACGCUCCCAAAACCUCUUCUCCUGCUGCUCCGACAGCUUCUGAUCCGGAUACCCAGAGUGGUCUUGGUUUUGCUCCCCAGUACGUUCCUGGUUCUCCUGCUCCGUAUGCUCCUGGUGCCGCUCCCGAGCAUGCUCCUGGAACCAUUCCCCAGCAUGCUCCUGGAACCAUUCCCCAGCAUGCUCCUGGAACCAUUCCCCAGCAAGCUCCUGGAGCCAUUCCCCAGCAAGCUCCUGGAGCCAUUCCCCAGCAUGCUCCUGGAGCCAUUCCCCAGCAUGCUCCUGGAGCCAUUCCCCAGCAUGCUCCUGGAACCAAUCCCCAGCAUGCUCCUGGUCCUGCUUCCGAUCAGCGACCUGCUAUGGCUCCCAAGCCUAUUCCUGGUGCUGCUGCCCAGCCUCUGCCUGGCAUGGGUUCCAAGCCUGUUCCUGGUGCUGCUGCCCAGCCUCUGCCUGGCAUGGGUUCCAAGCCUGUUCCUGGUGCUGCUGCCCAGCCUCUGCCUGGCAUGGGUUCCAAGCCUGUUCCUGGUGCUGCUGCCCAGCCUCUGCCUGGCAUGGGUUCCAAGCCUGUUCCUGGUGCUGCUGCCCAGCCUCUGCCUGGCAUGGGUUCCAAGCCUGUUCCUGGUGCUGCUGCCCAGCCUCUGCCUGGCAUGGGUUCCAAGCCUGUUCCUGGUGCUGCUGCCCAGCCUCUGCCUGGCAUGGCUCCCAAGCCUGCUCCUGGUGCCAGCGCCCAGCCUGCUCCUGGUGCCGGCGCCCAGCCUGCUCCUGGUGCCGGCGCCCAGGCUGCCCCUGCUGCCGCCCCCUAAGGUGCUUCUUGUUCCGCUUCCAGUCCUGAUCGUGAUGCCGCUCGCCAAGGUUCUUCUGGUGCCGCUCGCAAACCUACUCCAGAUGUCACUCCCAAACCGGCUGCUGAUGCCGCUUCCCAGCAUUCUGAUGCCGCCCCCCAAUCUGUUCGUGCUGGGGAUCCCCACACUACUACUGCUUCUCCUUAAACUGGCGCUGCUGGCGCCUUCAAAGGCGAAUAAAGUGCAACGUGCAUCCGAGUGCUCUGCGUCCGCCUGGUUGUGGUUCGCUUAGUGGGUCGACCAAAACAAAACGAGAGGCAUAUCGGCAAUGUUGAAAAGCGGCAAGGGGGGCGGGGAGGCGGAGACGUUGAUAAGAAGAGGCACUGAGAAAUCAUCUUCACCAACACACAGAUUCUCAACUUUGACAGGCCAUGCGUCAUGCAGAACAUGACCCAUCCAUGAGCUCGAAACCCUCUGAUCGUGAACAGGGUGGCUGAUUGCUUUGUACUAGUGACGGCAGCUUCAGUGAGACCAGAUAUGACGAUGCAUAGAGUACUUCAUGUGACAGGGAAUUUCAUGCGAUACAUUGUCCGUACCGGUCUCGUUUUGCUGCACACUACCUUCCCGUAACCGCUUCUGCCCUUCGACGGACAGAACGAUUCAUUUUGUCGACUCAUUCGUCUAUCGUAUCGACCACUACAUGUUUGACUGGAAAUGGUAUAUGGAAGACGCUCGCACAAAUGACACGGCGUGCUCAUAUUGCGCGAGACACAUUUGUGUGGGGUCUCGCGUCCCGUGAUGUCCGUGGGACAGCCAAGCUGCCUUCCAUUUUGGUGAAAUGCUAGCGGUGUUCCACCGGACUCAAUUGUUGCAUUGAAUACUAUAACGAAAAGGGCGUUCCACAUGUUACAUUUAU